AUGGCGGAAAGCGUCCAAGUUCCGGUGGUGGCGGGCGUCAUGGAAGCGAUGGCCGAGCUGGCUCGGGUGGCGCAUGGUGCCUGUGUUGUAUUCGUGCAGGAUGAGCCGCCGCAGCCCGACGACACUCAGUAUGCGGUGUCUGUGGUGGAUGCUGCUGCUGUGACGGUGCUCAAGGCCGCUCAGGGCCUCGCCGAUGCUGGUGGUGGUGCCGCCGUUCUCGACGCCGCCGCCAACCUUGUCCGUCUGGCCAAGCAUCUCAACGGUGCCGUCAUCACUCUGGCCGCAAACCCCGGCUCCAGCCUUGCGCUCGAUGCCCUCGACGCAUCUGCCCCAGAGCUCCACACCAUCAUGCUCGGCCUGCAAAGCCAGCUGGCAAAGCUACAGGCCGACAACGAGGCUCUCCGCUCCGAGCUCACCGCCUCGUACGAGGCCAAGCUUGCCUCCAUGGAGGCCACCCUCGCCACAGAGCGCAGCUCCAUGACCUCGCAACUCGAGUCGCUGCUCGCUGAAAAAGCUCAGCUGCAGGAGAACCAUGCCCGCCAGAUGGCCUCACUCGAAGCCACUCUGCACGCUGUCCAAAACCAGCUCUGCACCCUUGCAUCGGCCUCCAUCUCGCCGUCGCCGUCGCCGUCGCCGUCGCCCUCUGUUCUUCGUGCCCGCUAUGCCGCGCCCAACACUCCGGCCUCACCGGCAGCUGUUGACUCACCGCUGGCGCCGCUCAAAGGCAUCGGUGUUGUCCGUCGCCAAACCUCGCUCCCGCCGCCACCUGCCGCGCCUCUUCAGACCACGUCGCCUCCGGCCGACAUGGAGAUCUCCAUGGCCGUUGCCCAUGACGACGAGAACGUCGACUCGACGAACACCCUCGCCGGCCACGCCUAUGACAGCGACCUCCGCUCUGACAUCGAGGCCCUCAUCCAGGCUCAGCUCUACACCCACGAGCACCUUGCGUCACUGCAGACGCAGCUCGACUCGAUUGCCGCGCCUGCGCCGUUCCCGCCCGCUUCCGGUCGCCAGCACGUCUUUGCCCCGGCGCCGCUGCCCGCGCUGGACCCGGCCGACUCGCCGGUUGUCCCGGCCUUUCUCCGCCAACAUCCUCACACCUCCGUCCAUCACAACGAGCUCGACAUGGAGCUCUCGCUCGCCGAGGCCACCGCGGCCAUGGACCUCGCCUCACCGCCGCGCCACCGUCAAGCGUCGCCCGACUCGGCCUCGCCGCUUGCCUCGCCCAUCCUCUCCGACUCGGUCGUCGAUGGCCACGCCAGCACGGCCGAGACGAUGCCAGUCGAUGCGACUGCCGCCGAUCACGACUCGAUCGCCGGUCUCUUGCGCCGGAUGAACGACCGCCUGGACGCCAUCGAGCAGCGCGCCGCCCUCCGCUCGCCGCCCGGCCGCUACACCUCGCACACCCUCGCCGCCGCCCGCUCCUCCAUCCUCGGCAAGGCCACACCGUCGCCCAUGGCCCACCGCACAGCCGUUCUCCCACCACAAGGUCCGUCGGCAAGCGACCUGCGCUUCCGCUGGGACCGCCGCAGAGCCCGCCUCGCCGCUGGCUCUAGCGCCCGCACCAGCCGCUCCUCGCGCGCCACGCUCCACGCCGCCCCGCUCACCCCCAUCUCCAAGUACGCGCACUUGCUCGACGCUGAGACUCCCCCGCUGAGGCGGAGCAUCCGCCCCGGCGAGCCGCUGUCGUGGGACGAGCUCGACCACCACCACUCUCACGCUCACUCUCACUACCGCCCGCCGCCCCGCCGCCCCACCGCCUCGCCGGCCCCGGUUGCUCUCGACAUGGCCGCCCUCGCCUCGCUCACCGCCACCCCAACCCACUACUGA